GCAGAGCGGAUGUGUGGUACCGUCUCCUCCUCCGGACUCAACCCGCUCACAGACACUUUCUCUCCGCUUGUCGGUUUCCAAUCAGGCCGGGAACCGUCCGACUGGAUCCUUCUGACGUCCGGAGGCCUGGAUCUCCACCGAACACCGACCCGCGGAUGGUUUUGCAUCCGGGUGGGGGACCUGGAAACCCGGGCCCGCACAGGGAGGAGGCCCCGACCUCCCCUUGUUCUGACCCAGAAAACAGCACCGACGGCCGGGCUGCCCGUCUACUAACAGGCCGGGUAGCUUCCGACCGCACCGGGGCUGGAAGGGUCGCUCCCGAGGAGACCGGAUAACGGGGCCGCGCUUCAUCCACUCGGACCUGGUUUGAAUCUAUUGAUUCAACAUUUACAAGACUUCUCUCUAAAUCAAAUUCAACUCUGGAGCUCGGGGACCCAGAGGUGAGCUCGCUGCAGGCGGACAGUUAACUUCUCUCUCCCCGGUGAGCAGACUGCGGAGGCGCCCGGGCGGACUGUGCCUUCUCUCCGGGUCUUACGUGCCUCACGGAAACGCGGAUCAUGGCCGCGUUAAUCAAGGAGAUCGUGAGCAGAAACAAGAGGCGAUACCAGGAGGACGGUUUCGACCUGGACCUGACCUACAUUUAUCCCAACAUCAUCGCCAUGGGUUUCCCUGCGGAGCGACUGGAGGGAGUCUAUAGAAACAACAUCGACGAUGUCGUCCGGUUUUUAGAUUCAAAGCACAAGAAUCACUAUAAGAUCUACAACCUAUGUGCAGAGCGACAUUAUGACGCGUCAAAGUUUAACUGUCAAGUCGCUCAGUAUCCCUUCGAGGACCACAACCCGCCCCAGCUGGAGCUCAUCAAGCCGUUCUGCGAGGACCUGGACCAGUGGCUUAGCGAGGACGAACUGCAUGUCGCCGCCAUCCACUGCAAGGCGGGGAAAGGCCGCACCGGUGUCAUGAUCUGCGCAUACCUGCUGCAUCGGGGGAAGUUUCAGGAGCCGCAGGAGGCGCUGGACUUUUACGGCGAGGUCCGCACACACGACAAGAAGGGUGUGACCAUCCCCAGUCAGCGGCGUUAUGUCAUCUACUACAGCUUCCUGUUGAGGAACCAGCUUCAGUAUAAACCUGUGGCUCUGCUCUUCCACAAGAUGCUGUUUGAAACGAUCCCAAUGUUCACAGCUGGAACCUGCAACCCUCAGUUUGUUGUUUACCAGCUGAAGGUGAAGAUUCACACCUCUAACCCCGCCCACACGCGGCGAGAAGACAAAGUGAUGCUAUUUGAGUUCCCGCAGCCACUUCCUGUCUGCGGAGACAUAAAGGUGGACUUCUUCCACAAGCAGAACAAGAUGAUGAAGAAGGAAAAGAUGUUUCACUUCUGGGUCAACACCUUCUUCAUCCCGGGGCCGGAAGAGAACACGGACAAACUGGAGAAUGGCAGCACCGGGACACUGCGGGAACAAGCUGACAGAACGCACCAGAACCUGGUGAUGACGAUGGCGAGCGUGACAACGGGAGGAGAAACCACUGACCGGGAAUAUCUGAUCCUCACGCUGAUCAAGAAUGACCUGGACAAGGCCAACAAAGACAAGGCCAACAGGAACUUCUCCCCUAACUUCAAGGUGAAGCUGUUUUUUACCAAGACGGUGGAGGAAGGAGCUAACUGUGACACUAGCAGCACGUCGACCUCAGUGACCCCAGACGUCAGCGACAACGAACCCGAUCACUACCGCUACUCCGACACAACGGACUCUGACCCGGAGAACGAGACGUUAGAAGAGGACCACCACAAUCAGAUCACAAAUGUCUGACACACACUCAUACACACAUAUAUACACAGUAUGUAUAUAUAUAUAUACAUACAUAUAUAUAUAUACAUAUAUAUGUACACACAUGAACCCAUGAGUAAGACUAGCCAGUGUUAGCUUACGGUGAGUAUAUAACUGACUCACCAGAACUGAUCGGUGGGACUCGGAUCAAAUGAUAAACCACGCCCCCCUCCCCCCACCUCCAAUCUUCUGCUCGGUGCACACCUGGACAAUCACAUGACACGGUGGUCGGGGUGAGGACGGCGGUGUAUAAUGGACAAUAAGACGGAUGAAUGGACAGAGUUAAAGGGGUAAAACUUGAAUACAAACAAACUGUAAGACGAGUACAUUUCUUUAGUGACGACACCAAGAUGAGAAAGAAAGAAGAUGAAUCCCUGAUGUGUCCUUCCCUCCUUCCUGACCAGUUUUAGGAACCUUCUUGCAGACCAGUCUUUUGUUGGUCUCGGCCCUCUUCGUUUUUUAAGCUGUCAGAGUUGACUCUUCUCUCUGUGUCCUAACUUGAGGUGAGUGUGGUUCCAUGUUUUUUGAAGGCCAGUGCUCUUAUUUUUGAAUUUCAGCAAAGAAAAACCUGUUAUUAUUUAUUGAUAUAACAUUUGACAGAGUCUAAAUCUGAAUUGAAAUGACACUGAUUUUAAUCAGUGAACUGAUGGAACCAGGACAGUGACCAACGUCAUCAAUAUUAAAUCGGUAGACGAACACAGCAUUAUUUUGUUAUAAAAAAAGAGUACAUUGGCCCAGCAGGUCUAAAACAACAGUAAUCAACCAAAGUUCAAGUUUUUCACCCUGGUCUUCAAAAGUCCUCAUGACGAAGAACAAGCUGAUCGGACUGGACCGAGUUUGAAUCCGUCAGUCUGAGCUGGUUCAGGACUGUUCUUGAUCUGAAUUAACGUAACCAGGAAGUCUGACUCAGAUCGGACUCCUCCAAUUUGAUUUUUACGUUUUUCAGUCCAGUUCCGACCGGUCUGGACUGGACUCGGUUCUGGUCUAGACACAGUUUGAACCGGUCUCACUUGGACUGGAUUGGAUUUGUGACGAAGCAGCAUACAAAGAGAGGUGACAACCUUUAGUUUGAAUGUCACAAUGAAGAAGAGAAACUUGGAUUAUUCACAAUCUGCUGCAGCUCUGUCAAUCAUCCACUGUUGAAAACCACGUACAGUUCAAACCUGCCGUGAACAAACGCUCGUGCUCCUUCCGAUCGUCUCUGUUCACAGAUUUGCACAGAAUGAUUCUCUUCAGCUCUUCAAUCAAUUCUACAGUUACAGAAAAUCUAUUUUUGUUAUACUCUCAUAUCAAUCAUUAAGCUAAACAAACACGUUAUAACCAUUCCUGCAGCCAGAUCUGCUGUGAGCUUUACACCUGUAGGCUACAAACUAAAGCAGAAACGACAACAGAGCGCUUACUUUGGAAGUGCCUGGUUGCCAGGCGGGUGGUGAUUGCACUUUAUAAAGGACGGUUGAGUUUGUAACUAUUUCUGGACAAGGUUAGUCCAUCCUAGAAAACCGGUUAUGCCUCGUUCACACUACAUGAUUGUUAGCCCGAUUGUCCACUUUUUGCAGAUAAAAGCCCCGAAUCGCAGCCAAAUUGGUGUUUGACCAGCAGUCGCUAUGUUUGGACUCUUCAAAGAUUCAAGAGGCCUUCUCUGACUAGAUUUCUUGCAGCGUAAAAUCGAGACAAACCGGUGACAGAGCAGACCAGACAUGCUAGUCGGGGGUUUCCACUUGGUGAAGCGGGUGUAGCGUGGGACCCCAUUACGUCAGGCGCAUAGUAUGUAAUCACAAGACUCCCAAUCACAAGACAGCAAGUCAUGUAGUGUGAAGUGCACAGCAAUCCUGUAUUCUGUUGUGUUGAAAGAUCCAGUCCUUUUGUAAAGCUGCUGUCAGGGAGGUCUUAGCUCAGAGUUUCUCAACUUUGGCAUCAGGACCCAGCGUGGGUUUGAGGAAGAAUCUCACGACCACAGUUGUUGAGAGUCAAGUCGAGGUUUGCCUCUGUUCAAGAAGGGUAACACUCUGUAAUUAUUACUCUGUUUGUAGACUAUUAAUCUUUGUCUUCGCUAUCACUUUUUUGAGGCAUUCAAGCGCUUACAUUCUUUAAAACUGACCCUUUAAUGCCGAGGACGACAGUUUGAGGAUCACAUCACUAUUACUACAGGUUUGAGACUAUUCUGUCUGGAUUUCACAGAAACAAAUGAACGUUAGGUAUUCUCAGACCUGUUUCUCUUAAACCACAGAUUUAACCUCAUCAGAGUGAAACUAUCCAAAACUAAUCUCCAGUUAGUUUGUAUUCUUAAGACUCUUCUUGAUGUUAAGGUUCGUCUUUUCAUGCAACAAGCAAUUUUUCAGCUUUUCUCAAAAUAGUUGAGAAGCUUCUGGAUGUGCACCUUCUUAUUGUUCUUUGGUUUGUUGGCUUUCUAAUGAAAAACAUUUAGCCAGCAGCCAAGAAAUCCUCUGUAAAUAAUAUCAGUCCACUCAGUCGAUCAGAGAAUCCCUUAUCAUCUGAAACAGCAUCUGCCUCCAGAUGCCAGAUCUCCGUCCUAACAUUUGGUGCUACAACCAAAUCAUCAGCCCUUCGAUUGUUCUUCAAUAAGGUUCCUGUUGUCUGUAGGCCCUGAUCACACAGGACGCACUCUGGAGGCUGAGACAUGAACUCCACAACACUUAUUAUAGAAUCAUUGAAGGCAGAAGUUCUGACUGGGACCCACGGGAUGAUGUUUGGACAGGAGGCACAUUUCCCAGAACAAUACCCAACCUCAAAGAGUCAACAACUCAUUGUGGGACACAAAAGUUUCAAUGACGUUAUGAUCCAGUUUAGUCUCGAAGCCAUUCAGAGUAUUUUAGGUUGGAAUAAGAGGGUUUGACAGCUACCUGUGCCAGAGGCAGAAAAAGGGCAAGCAUAGAUGUGAUGUUUCCAGUUGUACAGGUUGUUCCGAGUCGACUUUGUGUUGAGGGAACAAAGACAAAUGUAGGGGACGUUCAGUCUGAUUCAGAUCCUAGAUCACUAACACAGGACUGGUACAAAAAGUGGCUGGUGCUGAUUAAACUGUCUCCUGUGUGAUCAUAUCUUGUUCCACCUUGUGUUACUAGCAAACUGGUGCUUUGAGCUGUAGUUGUUGGGCCCACAGUCCACCAUGUUGGGUUUUAGGUGCUAAGUUAAGCUAACCAGCUGAGCCCGUUGUCCAUCUGUGGUGCUUUGUAUCAAGAGCGAGUGCUCGUCCAGUCUUCAUCUGUCCGCAGGUUGUUUGUGUAGCUGCCAAAAUGUUUAAGCAACAAUAACACAACUCCUGCGGGUUUCUGUCAGGCGUGACCUCACCUCUUGCCAUCAACCCGUUCAGACAUGACUGGUGUGUAGACCUGUUCAGCAGAGCAGCUUAAAACCUGAACUUACUCAUCCAAAAAAUGAUAAACUGCUGCGAACUUCCUGAAUUUUCACAGUAUCAUAAUGCAAUAACGACCAUUUCCAUUCAGCAUUGUAACGUUUUGGCGUUCGGGUCAAAUAAGGCCAAUAGCCUGGUUGGUUCUUCAACAUGUUUGUAGAUGGUAUCAACACGAGGACGCUGAGGACUUGAACAUGUGUUUCGGGAAACAAGUCUAACCUCCUGCUGAACGCUGGUGCUACACUGAACAUAACUGCGUGAACUGAACAGGUUUGGGGGAUUUUGAGGUCAAGCAGGUGUCGUCCACGUCUCUCGACUGUUUCUGGUGCUCCAUGUCUUUAUCUUAGGACCAUUUCAUAGCAGUUGGUUGAAGACAUCAACAACAACUGUGUCAAAUCCGUCUAGGAACUUUGGACAAAAAAUAGUUUGUAGGUUAACCAGGGUCGAUCAUCAAAUUUCACAACAUUCGGUAACAGAAAUUAUCUGUAUUCAAAAUUGUAUUAUAUUAAAAUAUUACUUGUCACUCCUGUUCUGUUUUUGACGGAUGUUCACAGUUCCUGAACCAGAAAGUCAGAAAGGAAACAAAAAGAGGAAGUGAUCAAAACUUAGUAGUUUAUAAAAAAAAAACCCUGAACCUUAAACGCUGAACUCAGUGAUGAUAAACGUUAGGAUUAAUGCUUUUACAUUUGGUGUUAAUGGAGAAAUUUAGCGAAAAAUGUCUGAAUGUGUCGUUCUGCAGAUGUUAGUUUGCAUCUGGAAUCUGUAAAGGAACCUUAAACUCACACCAGGGUUUAACCUUUAACCUCCUAUAAUCAGAUUUAACUCAAGUUUUACACGAUUCCGUCAGUGAGAACGCUUAAGCUCUUUUUGUUUACAUCUCAUCAAACCUGCCAAACGAAGCUCAGACUGAUGUUAGGUUUUAGUUUUGGAGUUGAUGAGGUGAAGGUGAUCUGUUCUUUCUUUUUUUAGCCUUAAGGUGCCAUCACAUUAAUCCUCUGCUCAACAGAACUGCUCCGCACUCAGACCAGUACAGGACGUCAGGAUCAUCUGUUAAUGUCCUUAUUAUGUUUCUAUUCGCUGAAAAUACAAAUUCAAAGAUUGCAGUUCACACUUAAAUAUGUCGUUUUGGAUUUUGUUUUUUGAACAAGAGACGGAGGGAGUGUGUUCAGGACAGAGGCGAUGUGACGGCCCCUUGACUUGAAGGUUUUCUGCGUGAGUCGGGGUCACAAACCACAUCUGUCGAUCAGAGGUCAAAGGUCAACAUCAGUCAGAAGAUGAGGAAGACGUUAUGUGCAGGUGUUGGACAUCAACAACCUCAAAUGUUUUUAACUUAGUUUGGUUUUUUCAGAGACAAGCUGAACGUCUCCACGAGGACAGACGUCAUUAACAUUAUAAUUUAUCUACAACCGACUUAAAUUUCCAACAUAUUUUUCAUCAAAUUUAUAAAGUGUUUGAUCUUAAGUUGACAAAACAAUUUCAUUUUAGUUUGAUCAAAUCUGCUAGCUAGAUAAUUAAGCUAACGUUAGCAUUUAAAGAACAAACGCAGUAUGAACACAUGUAUGAUAUCAUGCUAACAUCCUGAAAAGCUAACAGCAAACAGUUCUCAGAUCAUGCUAACGUGCUGAGGCUUGAGCUAGCAGGUGCUGGGUAAGAGAUGGUCCGUGUAGACGUCAUAGAAACAUGUUCGUCCCUUUCAUUAAAGUUUGAAAAACAAAAACGUUAAAUCUUUCAAUGUAACUUUAUAAACCAGUUUGUAUCGUCACGUUAAUUGAACCGUGUUUGUGCUUUUUUUUUCGUAGCCUGUGUUAAAAAACAAAAUCCAACUGAAAUUAAAGAGAAAGUUCUUGCUGGGUUUUAAUUUCUGAGUCCGUCAGAAUGGAUGAGUAUUGAUCAAUGACUCUGGAGCAGAUGUGGUUUUGGCGUCUCGGUUCAUGUCCACUGUUUCUGUUUGUCAUCAUGAUGGUGUUUUUAUUCAUCAGGUUAUUUUAUCACCCAAAUGUCUUCAUAACCUCUGACCUGUAUCACCAUGGAAACAUUUCAAGUUAAACUGACCCCCUCCUCCCACAGUUCUUUUAUUCUGCCCCCCCGCCCUGUUUUAUAAUGAAAUAAAACACUGUAAAGGUGAAUAAACUAUUUAUAAACUGCAA